AUGCAUCAGAAAUCAUCAAGUGGGUCUGAAUAUGAAUUAAAAUUUAGAGAUUCAAGCAUACCAAAAGAAUUAUCAAAUUCAUCUCCACAAAUUGGAAAACAAUCAAAUGCAUCCGAUGAUUCAAUUAAUUUAAAAGAUGCAGGUAAUUUACCAAAUGAUCAUUACAAACUGAAAUUAUCACCAAUACGAUAUAAAUUUAGAGAAUUUUUGUUACCCAUAAUACGAUAUGAAACAAAUAUUUUAUACAAUUUACAAACUAAAAUUAGAAAUCCAAUAUUUGAUUUUUAUUUUGCAUGGACUGCAAAUCUAGCUAGUCAUACUUUUUAUGUAUUAAUGUUACCUCCUCCAUUAUGGUUUGGUGCGAGUCAAUUAAGUAGAGAUUUAAUUUAUGUUUUAGGUUUGGGAAUUUAUUUCACUGGGUUUUUAAAAGAUUAUUUUUGUUUACCUAGACCUAGAAGUCCUCCGUUACAUAGAAUUACAAUGAGUUCAUAUACUACACAAGAAUAUGGAUUUCCAUCAUCUCAUUCAGCAAAUGCAACUGCUGUUACAUUAGUUUUAUUAUCAAGAGUUUAUAAAUAUGGAGAUAGUUUAACUACGAGUACUUAUUAUUCAUUGAUUAUUGGAUUAACUAUUUAUUAUUUUUCAUUAAUUUUCGGUAGAUUAUAUUGUGGAAUGCAUGGGUUUUUAGAUAUAUUUAUUGGUUCAUCCGUAGGAGGUGCAUUAUUUUUAUUCAGACAUUAUUAUGGGAUUGUAUGGGAUAACUUCAUAUUUAAUCAAGGGUUAAUACUAGGUUCAUUAUUGAUUUUAGUGUUGUUUAUUGGUUUGAUUCAUUUUCAUUCUGAACCAGUUGAUGAUUGUCCAUGUUUUGAUGAUUCUGUUGCAUUCAUAGGUGUUUUGAUUGGAUUAGAUCUUUCUCAUUUAGUUGCAUUUCAUACUAAAUUUUAUCUUCAAUUUAAUGAUAUUAAUGAUUUAUAUCUUAUUCCAUUUGAAAAUAAAGGUAUAGUGAUGCUUACAAUUCGUUUCUUAGUUGGUGUAACAUUAGUGGUCAUUUGGAAAUCAUUAUCAAAACCAAUAAUAUUUACUAUACUUCCCCCAAUUUAUAAAUUCAUAGGUAUUUAUCUUCCAAGAAGAAAUUUUAUAUCUACAGCUCAUACAGAUUCUUCAAUUGGUAGAAUUAGAGCUACUUCAAUUUCAAAUGAUGUUUCUCAAAUUGGUGAUUUAAAUAAUUUCCUUAAAGGUGUUACUGAUCAUAAUAGAAUUGAUAAUAUUGGGCCAUCAUCAGAAAUUGAUUAUUACGAAAUUUUGGAUUAUAAUAAUAAAAAUAAAAAUGGAAGUAGUUAUGAUUUGGAUAAGUUGAAUUUUAAAAGUGGUGUGUUUAAAUAUAGAUAUGAUGUUGAAAUUGUCGGUAGAUUAAUUGUUUAUGCUGGAGUUUCAAUUACAACAAUUUGGACUUUUACAUUUGUUUCAAUGUAUUUGAUAGAGAUUUAG